GCGUCUGAGCGCAGCCCCGCUGCGUCCUCAGUUGUAUCCCCCGCCACGCCCGCCUCUUCCGCCGCUCGCGCGCGCGCGCACGGCCGGCCACGGCGCGCCGGGGUUGGCUGCUACAGGGACCGCGGCGGCGGCGGCCUCGACAGCGGUAGUGCCUUUUACUCCGCUUUUUUAGUUUCCUCCGCCCCCUCCCGUGCAACGCUGUUGUGUGGUUGCCUUAAAAAAAAAACAAAAACGCAACUUUAUUGUUCCUCAGCCCCACCUCCCGGCUCGGCGGGCGUCCUCAGGAUGCACUGAGGCUGAGGGGAGGGGAGGCGGCGGAGGGUCGAGGUCGCGGUCCCUCUCCUCCGAGCGCCCGGCCGGAGGGGAGGGAGUCACGAUGUCUGGUAGCCGCCAGGCCGGGUCGGGCUCCGCUGGGACAAGCCCCGGCUCCUCGGCGGCCUCCUCAGUGACUUCCGCCUCCUCGUCUUUAUCCUCUUCCCCGUCGCCGCCUUCCGUGGCGGUUUCGGCGGCUGCGGUGGUGUCCGGCGGGGUGGCCCAGGCCGCCGCCUCGGGCGGCCUCGGGGGCCCGGUGCGGCCUGUGUUGGUGGCGCCCGCCGUGUCGGGCAGCGGCGGCGGGGCGGUGUCCACGGGCCUGUCCCGGCACAGCUGCGCUGCCAGGCCCAGCGCCGGCGUAGGAGGCAGCAGCUCCAGCCUAGGCAGCGGCAGCAGGAAACGACCUCUGCUCGCCCCCCUCUGCAACGGGCUCAUCAACUCCUACGAGGACAAAAGCAACGACUUCGUAUGCCCCAUCUGCUUUGAUAUGAUUGAAGAAGCAUACAUGACAAAAUGUGGCCACAGCUUUUGCUACAAGUGUAUUCAUCAGAGUUUGGAGGACAAUAAUAGAUGUCCCAAGUGUAACUAUGUUGUGGACAAUAUUGACCAUCUGUAUCCUAAUUUCUUGGUGAAUGAACUCAUUCUUAAACAGAAGCAAAGAUUUGAGGAAAAGAGGUUCAAAUUGGACCACUCAGUGAGUAGCACCAAUGGCCACAGGUGGCAGAUAUUUCAAGAUUUGUUGGGAACUGACCAAGAUAACCUUGAUUUGGCCAAUGUCAAUCUUAUGUUGGAGUUACUAGUGCAGAAGAAGAAACAACUGGAAGCAGAAUCACAUGCAGCCCAACUACAGAUUCUUAUGGAAUUCCUCAAGGUUGCAAGAAGAAAUAAGAGAGAGCAACUGGAACAGAUCCAGAAGGAGCUAAGUGUUUUGGAAGAGGAUAUUAAGAGAGUGGAAGAAAUGAGUGGCUUAUACUCUCCUGUCAGUGAGGAUAGCACAGUGCCUCAAUUUGAAGCUCCUUCUCCAUCACACAGUAGUAUUAUUGAUUCCACAGAAUACAGCCAACCUCCAGGUUUCAGUGGCAGUUCUCAGGCUGGAGUGCAAUGGCUCUAUCUUGGCUCACUGCAACCUCCACCUCCCAGGUACAAGCAAUUCUCCUGCCUCACCCUCCCAAGUAGCUGGGAUUACCGGCACCUGCCUCCACACCCGACAAAGAAACAGCCUUGGUAUAACAGCACAUUAGCAUCAAGACGAAAGCGACUUACUGCUCAUUUUGAAGACUUGGAGCAGUGUUACUUUUCUACAAGGAUGUCUCGUAUCUCAGAUGACAGUCGAACUGCAAGCCAGUUGGAUGAAUUUCAGGAAUGCUUGUCCAAGUUUACUCGAUAUAAUUCAGUACGACCUUUAGCCACAUUGUCAUAUGCUAGUGAUCUCUAUAAUGGUUCUAGUAUAGUCUCUAGUAUUGAAUUUGACCGGGAUUGUGACUAUUUUGCGAUUGCUGGGGUUACAAAGAAGAUUAAAGUCUAUGAAUAUGGCACGGUCAUCCAGGAUGCAGUGGAUAUUCAUUACCCUGAGAAUGAAAUGACCUGCAAUUCAAAAAUCAGCUGUAUCAGUUGGAGUAGUUACCAUAAGAACCUGUUAGCUAGCAGUGAUUAUGAAGGUACUGUUAUUUUAUGGGAUGGAUUCACAGGACAGAGGUCAAAGGUCUAUCAGGAGCAUGAGAAGAGGUGUUGGAGUGUUGACUUUAAUUUGAUGGAUCCUAAACUCUUGGCUUCAGGUUCUGAUGAUGCAAAAGUGAAGCUGUGGUCUACCAAUCUAGACAACUCAGUGGCAAGCAUUGAGGCAAAGGCUAAUGUGUGCUGUGUUAAAUUCAGCCCCUCUUCCAGAUACCAUUUGGCUUUUGGCUGUGCAGAUCACUGUGUCCACUACUAUGAUCUUCGUAACACUAAGCAGCCAAUCAUGGUAUUCAAAGGACACCGUAAAGCAGUCUCUUAUGCAAAGUUUGUGAGUGGUGAGGAAAUUGUCUCUGCCUCAACAGACAGUCAGCUAAAACUGUGGAAUGUAGGGAAACCAUACUGCCUACGUUCCUUCAAGGGUCAUAUCAAUGAAAAAAACUUUGUAGGCCUGGCUUCCAAUGGAGAUUAUAUAGCUUGUGGAAGUGAGAAUAACUCUCUCUACCUGUACUAUAAAGGACUUUCUAAGACUUUGCUAACUUUUAAGUUUGAUACAGUCAAAAGUGUUCUGGACAAAGACCGAAAAGAAGAUGAUACAAAUGAAUUUGUUAGUGCUGUGUGCUGGAGGGCACUACCAGAUGGGGAGUCCAAUGUGCUGAUUGCUGCUAACAGUCAGGGUACAAUUAAGGUGCUAGAAUUGGUAUGAAGGGUUAACUCAAGUCAAAUUGUACUUGAUCCUGCUGAAAUACAUCUGCAGCUGACAAUGAGAGAAGAAACAGAAAAUGUCAUGUGAUGUCUCUCCCCAAAGUCAUCAUGGGUUUUGGAUUUGUUUUGAAUAUUUUUUUCUUUUUUUCUUUCCCUUCUUUAUGACCUUUGGGACAUUGGGAAUACCCAGCCAACUCUCCACCAUCAAUGUAACUCCAUGGACAUUGCUGCUCUUGGUGGUGUGGUUAUCUAAUUUUUGUGAUAGGGAAACAAAUUCUUUUGAAUAAAAAUAAAUAACAAAAAAAUAAUAAAAGUUUAUUGAGCCACA